AUUUUCAUCAAAUCUUAUUGAAAAUAAAUUUUAGUACCAUCAUCGCUAAAAAUAAUUUUUUGUAACGAUUUUUUACAUGUCACUAAAAAUUGACAACUAGUAACUUUUUCUAUCACGAUCUUUAUAAAUUGUCACUAAAACUUAAAUUAGUGACAUUUUUUUGUGACGAAUUUUUCAAAUUGUUGCUGAAAGUUCAAAAUUAGUAACGCUUUUUUUUUGACGAUUUUUUUAAAUUAUCGCUAAAACUUAUAACUAGCGACAUUUUUUGUGACAAAAUUUCCAAACUGUCGCUGAAAAUUAACAAUUAAUGACGUUUUUUAAUAGUAUGUGAUGAAAAGUGUCAUUAAUUAUCAUAAGAUCUAUUAAAUAAUAAGUCCACUUAGUAAGACGUACAUGUAAUUCCUCCUUUAAUUUGAAGAGAAGGUAGGCCUAAUUCUUUUUUAAGGAAUAGAUGGAGUGAAAUAUAUAUGCAAAUCUUGUUGUGGAAAAAUUAAUUACGAAAAAAAAAUACAUAGAUGCCACAUUAAGGUUCAAUUAAUUCAUUAUUUCUACUAGUAUAAACACGGUUUUCACUUGCCAACAAUUAAUUAAUUGUUACACAUACUAUUAAUGCUAGUUCCACUUGAAGAGGAAAACAAAAACGGAGAAAUAAACUAAAUCCAAGGGUUACCUUUACAGCCACAAAACUUGGAUCAAAGUCCAAAAAACUAAUGAAAAUUACCUGUAUUUGACUUGUAAAAAGUUCAUAUGGGUAAUGCGUAUCUUAAAUCAGUUCCUUUCAAACUAAAAAGGGUAUCUUUGUCAAUUCACAGAACAAAUCAAACCAAAGUGUCUCAAAUGGCAAGAACUUUUUACAAGUCAAAUACAAGGAUUGAAUGACAGUUACGAAUGGGUGUUGGUUUAGGGUUUCAAUGUUAAAGAGAAGGAUAUUUUUGGCAAAAAAAGUUGUGCAUUGAGUAAAUUCACAAAAUUCAAAUUUAGUUAGUAUGUGUAUUGAGAGAAGAUGUGGAAUGAGAUGUUUUGGUGCGUAGAAAUAGAAUUACCCAUCAUCUACAUAUCAAAACAACAAAUCAAACCAAAGUGUCUUAAAUGGCAAGAACACAGCAAAAAGUUGCCAAAACAAGAGGAAUCAAAUGCAGCAUUCACUCUAUGAUCUGUGUCUUUAUAGCAGUUUUGGUCCUUGGCAUUGUUUACAUGAUUGGCGAAAGCAAAAAGUUGUUAGAUGAUCGGAGGGAGAAUAGAAACCGUGGUAGAUCACUGUCACAGUGCAACUUGUUUUCGGGCAAAUGGGUUUAUGACAACAAGUCCUACCCUCUCUACAGAGAGCAACAUUGCUUGUACCAGUUUGAUGGCGUAGCUUGUGAGAAGGACGGGCGAAAAGAUUUGAACUACCAACAUUGGAGGUGGCAGCCUCAUGAUUGUGACCUUCCAAGGUUUAAUGCCAUAGCGAUGCUGGAGAGGCUAAGGGGAAGGAGGCUUGUGUUCGUUGGGGAUUCGAUAACUAGAAAUCAAUGGGCUUCAAUGGUCUGUUUGCUCGAGUCAUUCAUUCCUCCGGCCCUCAAAUCUGUGAACUCUAGUGGCUCCUUAGCAAUCUUCAAGGUCACGGAAUACAAUGCAUCAAUUGAGCAUUACUGGUCACCAUUUCUAGUGGAAUCGAGCUCUGAUCAUCCAAUGAACCAUCAUUUUUCAUCAAAACAAAUUGUGAGAGUCCAGGAGAUUGAAAAUCACGCCAGGCAUUGGACCGAUGCAGAUAUACUUGUCUUCAAUUCCUACAUCUGGUGGAGAAAACCAAAACUUAAGGCUUUGUGGGGAUCAUUUGAUGGAGUCUACAAAGAAGUCGACAUGCCACGUGGGUAUGAGAUGGCUUUAAAGACAUGGCUAGACGGUUUGGACAUCCAUGUAAAUCGUACCAGAACCAAAUUAUAUUUUGUUAGCAAUUCGCCCACUCACGAAAGGGGUGAAAAGUGGGGCAGAAGUAGUGGUGAAAAUUGUUACAACGAAAAAGAGCCGAUUUUGGAAGAGGGAUAUGAAGGAAGUGAAUCAGAUCCCGAGAUGAUGCAAAAAGUGGAGGCUGCAAUCAAUGAAUUAAGCAGAAGAGGCUUGAAAGUUCAGUUGCUCAACAUAACACGACUUUCAGAGUACCGGAAAGAUGGGCACACGUCCAUUUACAGGAAGCAAUGGAGGCGUGUAACUAGACAGCAGUUAGCAAACCCCAGUAGCUAUGCUGAUUGUGUAAAUUGGUGCAAUCCUGGAGUGCCUGAUGUUUGGAAUGAACUCCUUUAUGCUUACAUGUUUUAUUUUUGAUAGUCAAAAUCGAAACAAAAAAACAAAUGAGGAUUAAAAUGUUGUGACUUUUGGCUUUCCAACUUGUAAAAUGGAGAAAAAACUGUAACUACGACAAACAAGAAGAGAAUUUAGAUUUGUCUCAAUUCUUGGGACAAUUAAAAAACUGAUCUGAAGUGUAUUUUGAAUGUUUAGAAUUUAUCUUUAUCCCAAAAAAUGAGAUGCAUAUGCAAUGAUUUGCUA